AUGUCCACACAUACGUAUAAGAAAAACGAGGAUGGCAAUGCUGGUGUUCUUCCAGACAAGAUGACAGUCUAUCAGGAAUGCCUGCAAGCAUGCAAUGCAUCACCAAUUCAAGCAAAGAAGUGUCGUAAACUUCUGUCUAGAUUAUUGAGACUAUUCUAUGCAGGGGAAGGUUUCCCUCGUGUUGAGAGCACCAACUUGUUCUUUUCGAUCUCCAAGUUGUUCCACAACAAUGAUCCUGCAUUGAGACAGAUUGCAUACUUGGCAAUCAAAGAAUUAUGUUCUCAUUCAGAUGACAUCUUGAUGAUUACCGCCUCAAUUAUGAAGGACAUCCAAAGUGGUGAUCCGGUCUAUAAGCCAGAUGCAGUGAGAACAUUGUCUAGGGUGUUGGAUGCUUCAACCAUUCAUUCUGCAGAGAGAUUGUUCAAGAACUCCAUUGUUGAUUCCAACCAAUCGAUUUCUUCAUCUGCUCUUGUUUCCUCAUUCCAUCUGUUACCUGUUGCGAAGGAAACUGUGAAAAGAUGGGUAAAUGAAGCACAAGAAUCAAUUACUGCAAGCAAACACUUUCCAACUUCCCAAUACACACAGCAUGAGUUCAGUGGUUAUAAUCAAGUUCCAUCGUCAACUUACAUACACCAAUAUCAUGCCUUGGGUUUAUUGUAUCAGUUCAGAAACACUGAUAAGAUGUCUUUGAUUAAGAUGAUUCAGCAAUUAACCGAAAGAAGAUCUUUGAAUAGCUCUUUAGCACAGGUCCAACUAAUUAGGUUUGUUGAAAAACUUAUUCUAGAUGAUCCUCAAUUCAUCAAUAGUUUAUGGCCACUUUUUGUUAGUUGGUUGAACCAUAAAUCCGAUAUGGUUGAAUUGGAAGCUGCUAAAUUGAUUUUGACCCAUUCUUCGAAGUUCAGCAAUGAACAGCAGAUGAAUGCAAUCACAACAUUACAGUCAUUAUUAAGCGUACCAAGAACAGUUACUAGGUUUGCAGCUGUUAGAAUUUUGAAUAAAGUUGCGAUUAAAGAUUCCGAUAAAGUUGGCGUUUGUAACUUAGAGUUGGAAAAGAUGAUCAAUGACCAAUCAAGAUCGAUUUCCACUUAUGCAAUCACAACUUUAUUGAAGACAGGCAAUAUUGAAAGUGUCGAUAGAUUGGUCAAGGCAAUUUCCAAUUUUAUGGAUGAAAUUUCUGACGAAUUCAAAAUUAUUGUCAUCGAUGCAAUCAGAACAUUAUCUUUGAAAUUUCCAACCAAGUAUAAAUCAAUGUUGUCUUUCUUAAAUGAUGUUUUAAGAGAGGAAGGUGGUUUCAAUUUUAAGAACGCCAUUGUGGAAGCCAUUUUUGACAUUAUCAAAUUCAUUCCAGAAUCCAAAGCCACAGCAUUGGAAAUGUUAUGUGAAUUCAUUGAGGACUGUGAAUACACCGAGUUGUCAGUUAGAAUCUUACAUUUGCUAGGUAACGAGGGUCCUAAAACUUCGAAUCCGUCCACUUACGUUAGAUAUAUCUACAACCGAGUUGUUUUAGAAAAUUCAAUUGUUAGAUCAUCUGCAGUUAUUGCAUUGUCCAAAUUUGCAUUGAUUAAUGAUGUUGAGCUGAACAAGAGUAUAAAGAUUUUAUUAAAGAGAUCAUUGCAGGAUAUUGACGAUGAAGUUAGAGAUAGGGCUGUUUUAUCACUUAAAUUGCUAGAAUCUAAAGAUCUAAAGGAUGCAAAGGCUUAUCUCCAACCAAAGUUCAAAUAUUCCUUGAACAUUUUAGAGCAAGAGUUGGCCAAGUAUGUCAAUAAUCCAGACAAGUCAUCAUUUCAAGAACCAUUCAAUAUUAAUUCUGUUCCUAAGAUGACAGAAGAUGAAUUUAAAGCUUUUGAAUUGAAGGAGAAGCUACUAGGAAAAAUCACUGGUUCGAAUGAUGAAAACAUGGAUUCAUUAUCCUCCACUCCAGAUGAAAGCAAGAGUAAUUCCAACGACAAUCUGAACAAUGUCUCUGACAUGACCAAGUACACAUUACAGCAACAAGAAUAUCAAAACGAGCUAGCAUUAUUACCAGAAAUUGGCCAAUACGGCUCAUUACUAAAAUCAUCAGCGCCGGUUGAAUUGACAGAAAAGGAGACCGAAUUUGUAGUCACGGCAGUUAAACACAUAUUUGAAGAACAUCUAGUUAUUGAAUAUAACAUUGAAAAUACAUUGGAUGAUAUUAUCCUGGAGAAUGUUAAUGUUAUUUCACAAUUUGAUACCGAAGGUUAUACUGAGGAGUUCACACUACCAAUCGAGAAACUCCAACCUCACGAAAAGGGUAAAGUUUAUGCAUCCAUUGCAAGACCUUCUAGUAGUGACGAUAAGAAAUAUCUAUUGGCUUCGAUGGCUAACGCCCUAUCAUACGUCACCAAGGAUGUUGAUGCCGAUGAAGAUGAGGAAGGUUUCCCUGAUGAAUAUCAGAUUGAAGAGUUAUCCAUCAUUCCAGGAGAUUUUAUUAUUCCAUCCUAUAUUAACGAUUUCACCAAGCAGUGGGACGAGCUUCCAGUCGAGGAGUCGGCAGUAUAUAACUUGGGAGAUUCCGAGUCUAUUGAUCUGCAGAGUGUGGUUGACAGAUUAAUAAUCACCAUGUCCAUGAUGCCAAUCGAGGCAACUGAAGUUGUAAAGUCGGGUGUCAACAACCAUACGUUAAAAUUAUCUGGUAGAAGCAUCUCAGAUAGCAAGGUUUUGGCCAUUGUCAAGUUUGCCAUUUCUUCCAAGGGUGUCAUGAUGAAGACAGUCGUCAAGGGUACCGAGGCCGACCUUGUUGAAAGUCUUGCAAACUACAUUGAGUAA